AUUUUGACCAACUUAAAGUCAAUCCAAACAGGCUAGACAUUUUAUUUGAUUAUAAACCUCCCCGUCCACUUUCUUCUCUUUUUCUCUGUAUUAUUUCCACCAUUUUGGACCACCAACCACAGCGUUCAUUUUCAUUCUUGAAUUUUCCGGCCAAAUCCGCCGAUAUUUCCAUUCUGAUGUUUCCUAAUUCCAAUAACCUUCCUUCAAAACUCAAAACCCCUGUUUUUUUUGCAGAUCGAAAAAUCUCCUUUAAUUCCCUUCAACCUUUGCUUUCAUUUCACAAUCCCCGUACAUGCCUUAUUCUUACCGUCCUCCUCUUUCAAAUUCUUCUCCUCCUCACUCUCCGCUCCCGCUCCUUCUCCGCUUACAUAGCUUUCCACCCCCACCGUUCUUCUCCGCUUCUUACACUCCCUACUAAAUCUUCCGCCGAUAGUAGUACGAUCAAUACACAAGUUGAUAAUGUUACUGAAUUAUGUCCUUUAGGUAAAGUCUAUGUAUACGACCUUCCCCUGUUAUUCAACGCGGAGCUGAUACAAAAUUGUAAUGAGUUGAAUCCCUGGAUUUCCCCGUGCGAAGCCCUGUCGAACGACGGAUUUGGCCGCGAAGCCACCGCUCUUUCAGAUGUUAUUCCGGCAAGCUUGGUCCGUUUGUGGUAUUGAACGGACCAAUUUGCAUUGGAGUUGAUUUACCAUAACCGCAUGUUGAAUUACCAGUGCAGGACUAUGGAGCCGGAAUCAGCCACGACUUUCUACAUUCCGUUCUAUGCUGGUCUGGCAGUGGGGAAGUACUUGUUUAAGAAUAACUCCAGUGCAAAAGAUCGCGAUCUCCAUUCUGAGUUGUUGCUCAAUUGGGUACAGAAUCAGACCUAUUGGAAGCGAACUAACGGAUGGGAUCAUUUCAUCUCGAUGGGCCGGAUUUCAUGGGAUUUCCGGCGAUCCAAAGAUAAAGAUUGGGGUUCAAGUUGUAUAUACAUGCCGGGUAUGCGUAACAUCACGCGCCUCCUAAUUGAGAAAAACCCUUGGGACUAUUUCGACAUUGGAGUACCUUAUCCCACCGGAUUCCACCCCAGCACCGCCGAUGACAUCGCCCAGUGGCAGAACUUCGUCCGUCACUGUAAAAGGAAAACUCUGUUUUGCUUCGCCGGAGCUACACGGGGGUUUAUCAAGAACGAAUUCAGAGGUUUAUUACUGAGUCAUUGUUACAGCGAGUCAAAAUCGUGCCGAGUUUUGGACUGUGCUGGUUCCAAAUGCUCGAAUGGCAUUUCAGAGAUUCUGGAAACUUUUCUCGAUUCGGAUUUCUGCUUACAACCCAGGGGUGAUAGUUUCACUUGAAGGUCCAUUUUUGAUUGCAUGGUGGCCGGUUCAAUUCCGGUCUUUUUCUGGAAGAGAACGGCUUAUUACCAAUAUGAGUGGUUUUUACCCGGUGAACCGGAGAGUUAUUCGGUCUUUAUAGACCGGUACGAGGUGAAAAAUGGGUAGUCCAUUAAAGCGGUUGUUGAAAAAUUCAGCAAAGAAAAGGUGAAGUCCAUGAGGGAGAAAUCGAUAGAGAAUAUACCGAAAAUAGUGUAUGGUAAACCGAAUGAGGGAAUAAAUGGCAUUAAAGAUGCAUUUGAUAUUGCAGUGGAAGGUGUAUUGAGGAGAAUGAAGAAGCAGUAUAAAUGGAAAUAUGAGGGCAGUUUUGUUUAGUUGCAUUUUUAAUGAAAUAAAACUGAAGAACCAUGAUUGGGCCCUCCCUUUGUGUUUGUGUUUGUGUAAAUGUUAAAUCGGAUAAUGUUAAUUUAUCCUGUAUUGAACGUUAAACAAGCCAGUGUGGCAGAUACCAACCUGCUGUCUUGAAAAUUGUUAAAUUCUGACAACCCAUAUCAUUGUUUGUGCGUCUCACCAAACAUUCCUUCUUUUUUGUCAAACUGGGCCAGGUUGAUGAUGAUAAAUUACCAAUUCCACGUUCAAAAUUCAAAACUUGUCAAAAGAUGGGGACAUAAAAUAAGCAUAUUCACUCUACAAUUA